ACGCAAGAAAGUUGUGGAAAGGGUCGAGACAUGUUUAAGUAAGUCAAAUGCUUUAUUAGAAAAACUAAAAGAAUGCGAAGAAAAUUCUGAUAAAUUAGAUGAAGUUCUUGAAGAGUGCAUUGAUGAGUUAAUUGAGGAACGAAAAUUUCAUGUUGUUGGAUUGGAGAUAGAAGAAAUGUUUCGGAAAAAAUCAAAAGAAGAUUCACUAAACAUUAGCUAA